GUAGAGGGCGCCAAUGCGAUCAGACCAGGUCUUCAUCAGCAGGGCCUGGUCUCGGCCUGUCAGCAAGGCCUGGGUGAAGAGGCACAGCAGACCCGUGCCCAGGACAAAGUUCACCUGCAAGGAAAGGGAAGAGAGGCUGAUAGAACAAAACCCAUGUUCUAUGCUGUGACUAUAUGACUCGUGUUCAGUAGAUUCAAAAAAUGGUAGAGUGUUGGCCCACUUGGAUGAUUGGUGCUCUACUAUACUGAACAGACUGCAUUUUGUAGAAUCAGCAUUUGGAGAAGCAUAGCACAAAGCUAUUUAUGAUUUGAAAAAUCUGCUGCAACCGCAGUGGCUGGGAUGAUUCUUCAAGAUCAUAGAGUGCCCAAAAUAGCAGGAGAGGAAUGCAAACAGACAUCUGACCUAAUUUUGCGGUGUGACGUACCAAGUGUUGGACGAGAUAGGGAACUCCCUCAUCUCCCAGCGGUUUAGCCUGCUGUGGAGCAUUGUCAACUGCCUCUCCAGCCGGUGCUCCAGGAUGUACUGGAGGACACCUCUGUCUCCCGCUUGGUGAACUCCUGCUGUGCCCUGACGGCCACGCCCAGCUGGUAGUAGACCACGGCCAGGUCGUCCUCCAGGAGAUGGACCUCUUGGCCAGUCAGAAGGCCCUGCCCUACAGCACCCAGCUCCUGGUCUAUGUAGUCCAGGUUCUUCAUGGCCAGGUCUGUCUCGUUGGCUAAGGCACUGCCACCCAGGUAGGUACAGAUGCUCUCCACAAGGGUCUUCAUGGUCUGCAUUACUCAUCUGUCAGAAUGAUUCUUAGUGCAUGUCUGUAGUGACCUUCACUGUUUCCUAAGUAUUUAUACACUCUCCAGCAUAAUCAGGGAUCUGAUAAGGUCCCUCCACCUCCCAGCUCUAACCUUCCUCUGCACUCAUCCCCAUAUUGUUUUUAUUUACUUUUCUGCUCUUUUGCACACCAGUAUUUCUACUUGCACAUCAUCAUCUGCACAUCUAUCACUCCAGUGUUAAUUUGCUAAAUUGUAAUUACUUGCUACUAUGGCCUAUUUAUUGCCUUACCUCCUCACGCCAUUUGCACACACUGUAUAUAGACUUUUCUAUUGUGUUAUUGACUGUACACCCCAGUAUCUCUACUUGCACAUUCAUAUUCUGCACAUCCAUCAAUACAGUGUUUAAUUGCUAAAUUGUAAUUAUUUCUCCACUAUGGCCUUUUUUUGCUUUACCUCCCUUAUCUUACCUCAUUUGCACAUACUGUAUAUAGACUUUUUCCAUUCUGUUAUUGACUGUAUGUUUGUUUAUUCCAUGUGUAACUGUGUUGUUGUUUGUGUCGGACUGCUUUGCUUUAUCUUGGCCAGUUCGCAGUUGUAAAUGAGAACUUGUUUUCAACUAGCCUACCUGGUUAAAUAAAGGUGAAAUAAAAAAUGAAAAAAAUAAAUAAGCAAAGGAAGUGAGUCUAAUGUAAAUUUAAAGAGGUAUAGAAAAAUUGUUACUCAUGGAUGUUACAAAUGUUAAUUUGGAAGUGUAUUACAAACUCUUGGCUUUGAAGUUUGCUUAUUGAUUAUUUUGUGAGUCCACCACACAAUUAUUCUAAAAUUAUCUCUUGACCAUAUCGUUAAAAAAAAGAUACUGUAUAUAUCGAAGUCGUCAAGGACGGCAGGUGGCAGAAUUGCAUUUAGCUCGAGAUGCUUUCUCUUCUUCUGUCUUGAGAGCCCUGAAUAAACCUACUUCCGUUAGAUUCCGGAUGUGGCGCCAAAUUUGAAAAAUAUUCCUGUUUCAACUUGUAUGAAUUUAAACAGACAGCGAAAAUUGAUUAAAUUGCCGUUCAAGAUAAUACUACUUUUAGAAACAUAUCUGCAAACAAAUGGACUCGUCGGCACGUUUUUUCUCUAAGUUGCGAAACCUAGCCGUGAAUUUGGAGACCGAAACUGCCAGUCUUCAACAGGCACACCAGAACUACGACGAUGAAGAUCAUAGCACUGAGGGUGCGGUGCGAGUUCUGCAAGAGCUGCACUCCGAGGUCAGGGGACUCAAGGGCCAGGUGAAGGAGCAGCUGGUGCGCCAGCAGGCAGGGGAGAAUGAUGUGAGGAGCUUUAUAAAGACGUGUAUGGUGCUGAAGCAGAGGACCACAGAGGACAUCCAGAGACUGAGGAGACACUAUGAAAAAUAUGGCUACAGAGCGCCUAAGAGCACACAGAAACAGUCAGAGUCGAACGGCCAGGAGGCAGAAGCUUCAGAGAAAGAGGACGAGGAUGAGACCGAUGGAGGAGAGGAGGACCAGGAGGAAGGAGAGGGAUACCUCACCUCAGUGACCCCUCUGAAGAUGCCGCCUCCGCCCUUCAUUGACCCCUUGCGCACCCCCCAGCUCUCUGACUUCGGCCUGUCGGAGAUCCACCUGAAGAGGGUGUUGGGUGGCACAGUGUUUUCCAGCGCUGAGGCCCCCAUGCCUCUCCCUCUGCCGUCUCUAGUCCUAGCCAUGCAGCCGCCCAUGCCCAAAACGCCCAAGUGCACCUUGCGUAUGGAUGAAGAUGACGACCUCUUGACCCCCCGCAUGGUCGACUUUGGCCUCACGGAACACACUGUGUGUCUCAACAAUGACUUCACCAUGGACCUGCAGCGCAAGAAGCCCACAAAACCUCUCAGCACAGCAGUGUCCUUGGGCUUGGGAGCCAUGUCACAGAGACCGGCACAUGUCCUCUCCACCCCACCAUCAAACUCCAUGAUGUACAGCCUGGCUACCAUGGAGUCCCCCGAGCCGCCUGUGUUUUGCACCCCAGGUCUGAAGAUCACAAAGUCUCAGCGACACGCUCUGUCCCCUCCUCUGCGGGGAGAGAUUGACCCAGAGUCCCCCUGUUGCCUUGGCAACCACCAAGCCACCCCUGAGGUCCCAGCAUUUGAGACACCAUACAUCAACAGACUCCUUAGCACCAGAAAGGGUGAGAGAAACACACAGGCAGAUGAAGACCAAGAUCACUCAGAACUUCCAACCUCCAAUAGAGGUUCCAAUCAAGCCUGGUCAUAUAAUGUGUCAGAGAUAUCAAUCAUUGGAUGUACAGAGGAAAAACUUACACCGGAGAUGCCAAGCCUAGAGUCCUUUCUGAGCAGCUCUCUACCCUAUAGGGGUGGUGGUGGAACCAGUGGAGAGCAGACUAUGGGGUCAGGAGAGCCCCCUCUCUCUGUCCUGGAUCAGGAUGGUCCCACCCAGACAUUCAACCUGGGGACCCCACGGGUCAGAGGGGACUACCCCGAGCCAUCCACUCCUGAGAUGCCGGACCUAAGCUCUGUCACACAGGACAUCUUUAAGCUCAUUUCCCAGAGCAAGAAGCUCCCCACAGCAGUAGUUCAGCCACACCUCAAGCCUUCAACCCUCCACACUGCAACAGGGAAAGAGAACAGGACUCAGAGUCUGGCUGUGGUGUCAGAGAGGGAGUUCCUGAGUCUUCCAAGCUACCUGAGACAGAUUCCUCUGUCCAGCCUCAACCAGGCCAUUCAGAAAAUCAACGGUGCCAAAGAGGAGCGAGGCCACAGUGGUGAUGCGGGCCAUGCAUGGUUUCUGAUGGAGGAGCUGAAGAGGAUCACGGGGGUGGGCACCAAGGCCCCCAUGUACUUCCUUUGUCUGACUGAGUUAAAGAGGCUGGAGCAUGUGCAGGGAGUAGGAACCAGCGCCAUGUACAAAGUCCUGUCAAAGACACGUACCUGAUCUGAAGUACAAUGACAUUCCCUACCUUCUUAAACCUCCCAAAGGGCUCAACACUACUGAGUGAGGUCCUAUGUAUUGACUCCCCUUAAUAGGCCUGGGUGCCAGUCUGUUUAGCUAUCAUUCACUCCUUGUCACUCCUGUCAUGCUAAACAUUGGCAUAUGACAGAGUACAAGGAGUGAAAUGUUAGAGAAACAGACUGGUACUCAGGCUAGAAUAGGCCCAAAAUGGAUUCAUUAUUUUAUUUUCAUCUUUGAGAACUGUACAAAUGUUUUGUCUUGGUCUUUUUAAUUGUGUAGGUCCUUCUGCUCACAAUGCAUGAAUACUCAGUCCAUUUAGCAUUUUCGUAGUUUUCUAUGUGUAUAAUUGGUCUGUAUGUAAUCUCACUAAUAAAUACAUAAUUAUGAACAUGA